UUUCGCGGGAGGGCUCUUGAGCGCGUAAACCGUAUCCCUUCAUUCAUCAGGCCGUUUCCUGAAGCCAUUUCUAGACGGGGGAACGAGAGUUGCGCUACUUUUUAAUCCGUUGCAUCUGCCUAAAUGCACUUUCUGAAGAAAAAAUACUUUACUAAAGUCGAUGCAUCAGACUGUCAUCCUUACAUCGGUCUGAUUAUUUUUGUGACUAUUUCGGAGGAUUAGCAGACACACGGGCUUGAAAGUACAGAGACAAGAAAGGGGUUACCCCGAGUACGCAAGAUGAGGAGAGGGAUCUCCUCGGCUCCGGACAAAGUGAUUUUAACAGGGGUCGGGGGCUCUCUGGACAAUAAUAUAAUUUUAACAGCUCUCACGGAUCGCCUAAACGCCGGUCAAUCCAACGCGACCUAUAUCCAAAUCAUAACCACCCCACCGCCUUGCAACAUUACACAGACAUCAAAUGUGUGUUUAUCCGAGCCUCAGAUAAACAACAUUUACACAACUCCACAACAAGCUGGCGCAAACGGAACAGGACAACGACCCACUCUGGGGCGACCGCCGGCAAAAAGGCGAUUGGCGCUCGACGAUUCGGACCACCAGUACCAGUCGGAGCCGGUCAGGACCAGAGGCAGAGUGGGCACCGCGGUUGCCAAUGGAGCACGGCCAAAGACCCCCCGAACACCAAAGUCUCCACCAGAGAAGACUCGGUACGACACCUCCCUGGGCUUGUUGACAAAGAAGUUUGUGGACCUUCUGGCCCAGUCUUCUGACGGCGUUUUGGACCUGAACCUCGCAGCUGAAACCUUACAAGUACAGAAAAGGCGGCUGUAUGACAUCACCAACGUACUAGAAGGCAUUCACCUCAUCAAGAAGAAGUCAAAGAACAACAUUCAGUGGAUGGGCUGCAGCCUUCUGGAGGUGGAGGGGGCGCUGAGCCAGAGGCAGAGACUAACGGCGGAGGUUUCUGCCAUGGGGGAGGAAGAGCAGCGACUCGAACAGCUCAUCCAGAGAUGCAGCCUGGAUGUCAGACACAUGAGCGAGUUGCAAAGCAAUCAAAAAUAUGCCUACGUAACCUACCAAGACAUCAAACAGUUGGGAAACCUCAGAGACCAGACUGUUAUUGUUGUCAAAGCGCCCACUGACACCAAACUAGAAGUAGCAGACCCCGAUGAGAAUUUGUCCAUCCAUCUGACGAGCACCAAGGGGCCUAUAGAAGUGCUGCUGUGCCCAGAUGAGGAGAAUGACCCCAGGAGUCCUGUGAAAGACGGCAGCAUGGACAUCAAUGGGAACUCACCUUUCCUCAAAGUCCUUCAAGGUCCCUCUUGCUCGUCCGCUUCAACCAUCCAAUCCCUGCCUCCGCCUUCUUCUUCCUCCGCUGUCUCCGUCACCACCCUCUCCCCCAUCUCGUCCCCCUACACCAGUCUUCUCCAGCAGACAGAAGACCAGAUCGCUUCAUCUCUGGGGCCUUUCUUGAACCUUGGCCUUCCUCUUCUGGGCCAGGAGGACUACACUUUGGAUUUGGGAGAUGAACAUGGAAUCAGCGACUUGUUUGACGCCUGUGACUUUGAUAAAAUGCCUUCUCUUGGCCUGGAUGACCUGUUGUGCAGCUAGCAUUAGGUGAUAGAAGUUCCUGUCGUGGUAGAGAGAGAGAAUGGAGACGUAGUUAGAGGAAAACAAUUCUAAGAAGUAGAUGGAAAGGAAUUUCUGGGGCCUAAAUGCCAUGUUCUUUCAUUGUGUGAGAGAUAAAGGGAUUGCCCCCAGAAGCACCAUCGGUCAGUGUAGAUGUUUCCAUUACUCUUUGUCUCAGGCCAUGUGUCGCCCCCCCCCCCAGUGCUGCUGGGUGUUAAAGGACUAAAGAUUGUUUUGAUAAGUAUAAAUUUGGGGGAGAGGGAUAUCCACUUCUGGGUCAGACGCUUGGUUCAUGUCACUGUACAGAGAGAACAGCAAAGCAGCCCCCCCACCGCCUGACAUCAGGUCAUUGUGGGUGAGCAUAAAACCUGAGGGUGGUUACACAUGAAAAGCAUCAGAUCAGGUGUAGGCAAGAGGAAAAACUGUUGGCUCAUCUUGAAGCAAAGCGCACACAAACACACAAGAACCGCUAAAUAGUUCAUGUAAACAUUAAAGGCAGUGUUGAUAAUUUCCAAAAGCAUUUUUUAUAUUUCUGUUUAAAGUUCAGCAAUCAAUGAACCGAAUGGCUCUGCAGAUAAAAACGAUCCUCCAUCCGUCGCUAACAGCACUGUAAGGAGCUCGUCUCCUCGUCGGGCCUCAGCACCAACACCGGCCCAGACCUGCUGGGUUUGUUUCCCAUGUGCACCGCGUGGGGACGACAAGUCAGUGUUGUGUGUUCUGCUGGAUUUAGUAUCUUGUCAAUCUAGUGCUGAUAGCUGCUUUAAUUGGGUCACUUUUAAAGUCGUGUUUACUCUUGCUGGUGAUUACCAACCUUGCCUUUUUAAAUAUUUUUAAAUGAUCCAUUCGUUCUUUCGGAAUCCCUUUUACUAUCCCAUAAACAUUAGUAUGUAAUUUAAAUCAUAUCUAAGCGCAUCGAUAUGGAAUCAAAUGAGGACUUUUCGAAUCCCACUCUGAUUGAUGUGGGAAUCGGUGGCAGUAACCAGCCCUGAUGGAUGUGUGUGACAUGGUGUUAGGUGGCCAUGUGAUGCAUUCACUUGUCAAAGUUCAUACAGACGCGUUAAUGCCAAAUGCUGUGGAGGCUUUUGAAUGCGUUCUUAUACACCAAGAGAACAGGUUUAUGCUGCUGAGUGGCCUUGUGUUGUUAUGCAGGACAAGAAAUGAACACACGACACAAUGGACUCCAUUUACCAGUACAGCAGUUGUGAUCUAUGACUCGGUUCUGGACAUCUGUUGGUGUCUGCUCAAGUUAAGCUUUUUGGCAUUUGGGCCAAUAAUCAUAAAUGAAUUGGUAUUUUGUACAUUUAAUCAGUAUUUAGAGCCACACUGAAGUUUAUAUACGGUAUUUGAGUACACGUGGCAUGAUUCCCUCAUUUAAAAGGAAACUACCAUGGCAAUACAAAUACCAGUGUGCACUAGUUUUAAAUGUACAGAAUACUUCCCGUGUGCCUUAUGGCUAUUCCCUAUCCGAUCCCAUUGCAUACGAUUGGUCUCUUGUGCUGUAUCAUCCAUAUUUUAAAGGCGUUAUUCGCUGAAUUGAAUAAGGGAUCUUUAUCAUCUGUCCACCUGUUCUCUGCUGAUGAUUUGGAGCACCUCAUGUUUUGUAACUAGAUUGACAGUUUAAUGAAUAUAAAAAUGUUCAACGUGGGACGGAAUACUGUGGUGUUUAAUUUGACAUGACCCAUGUGCUAACAAAAGAAGCCGUCAUACCACAGCAGAUGUUGAUCUGGUCUGGCACACAUGUAGCGGAAACUCUUUGAAGUCAGGACCCAAACUCCCACUUUCUUUCUACUUUUCACCCAUUUCUUCAUCUUCAUCAGCGCAAGCUGCCGCAACCAAUGUGCUGUUUAAUUGUUGGGCAAAAAUUAGACUUGGAACCACUUAUCGAUGCUUAUUGCCUAGUCUUUCUACUGAAAGCAGUGUUGGAGAGAGCAUCGGUGUCCAUUUCUUUUAGUUUCAAUUAGUGCAGACUUUUUAAUGGAUUUUAAUUCAGUAGAAAUGACUAAUGACAUCCAGGUCAGCUACGAGGCCAGGGGCACUAAUUUAGGCUUCAGCAUGUAAUAACAGGCCCAUAUACACAAUAUUCACAAAACGUUCUAAUAGAGCCUGUUUUGUAAAUUGAGUGUUUUUACGGUCUUCUUGGUAAUGCUGUUACCUGAGGAUCAAGAAAAGCUAAAGGACUUGGUGAACAAAGAGCUGCAGCAAUGACUUUUUGUUGUUUGCAAAAAUCCCGUCCGACUGGAGGGAAACGUUGCUGCUGUUAGUGUGAACUUCCCUCGAUCCGAUUGAUGUGCGCUGGAAUAAAUGCGUGUGCGUUAUGUGAAAGAUUAGCCUGCCAAGUGUACCUUGAUAUACAGUUUUGUAAAAUGUUCACAGUGCACAAGGUACUAGCGCAUGGAAGUCAAUGCCAUAGUUAAUGUCAUAGUGUGUAUGAGUGAGUCUUUGAAUUCCCAUUUCUCAUAGAAAUUACACAUGUAUAAUUCAGACGUGAUGUUGGAUAACAUCACACUAUUCUUUUUAUAUGUCUGAUAUUUCUCUCCUACCCUGAUUUAAUGAGUAUGCCUUUGCUCUUUAACCAAUCUCAGUCUGUUGCAUCUUAAAUUUGAAUAUUUGGGUGCACAUUUAAUCGGUAGAAAAGCAGAUAACUUGCAAUAUUAUUUUUUGUUUUAUUUUCAAUCUUUCUUCCUCCAUAAGUUAUUUACGUCUUGCUUUCAUCUCUGAAAAAAAGUAGUACACGUCAAAUGAUGCAUACAUGCACUCAUUGUUUUGCAGUUGGCCGAUCUUCUUUUAUGGCCAUUAGGAGACAUUGUCUUCGUACCCCACUGACUCAUUAUCAGUGACGUGUGUGUGUGUGUGUGUGUGUGUGGGG